UCCGAAAUGGUGGUCUGUUGUGCUGACACCCGAACGAAGAAAAAGAAACGUAGCGGGUACCGCAUUCAACAAAACACCAGCCUCAAAUAAAUUACACGCGCGGGUUUUAUUUCCGCUUAGUGUAGAUAAAAUGGUGUGGAUUUAAGCGCCGGAGGAGCAAAAGAUUGGCUGAGUUCGCUGGAAAAUAAACAGGAAGUUGUUAGUAGUUGUGGGACGUGUAGUUCCGGCUACAGGCCGCUCCACAAGAUCGCGCACACAAUAAAGAAAAAGUCCAACUAAAAAGCGUCGUAAGUGGUCGUGCGGGUCGACUUUGAGGGCUGCGGGGGUCGGCGCGAACAUGCCUGGAUUCACUUGCUGCGUCCCCGGCUGCUACAGCAACUCGCAUCGCGACCGAGACCUGCGCUUCUACACCUUUCCGAAGGACACCACGCUCAGGGAGCAGUGGCUGAGGAACAUCUCCCGGGCCGGGGUCAGCGGCUGUUUCAGCACCUUCCAGCCCACCACGGGCCACCGGGUGUGCAGCGUGCACUUCGUCGGCGGCAGGAAGACGUACAGCAUCCGAGUGCCGUCGCUCUUCCCCCUGAGAGGCGUGAACGAGCGCAGGAAUCGGCGGGGCAGAGGUAAGAAGCUGUCGACGACGGCGGCCGCAGCCCCCGCCGGAGCCACGACCGGCGUCGUCAUCAACACGGUGCUGGGGAACACCGCCGAGGUCGCCGAGGCCAACGCCGGCGGGGAGGCCAUCGACGACAGCAUCACGGUGGUGCAGAUCGGCCAAAACGGGGAGUACCUGGGCACGGCGCGGCUGCCCGUGGCGACUGAGGCGCCGUUCACCGCGCCCGUCGGGGCUUCCGCCGAACUCGCCGCCGCCGCCGCCACGGCCGCGAGCGGGGAGGACUCCGCCGAGCAGUCGGUCGUGCAGUACGUCAGCGUGACCAGCAGCCCGCUGGACCACUCGUACUCGCUGACCACCGGCACUACGUCGGCCGAGCUGCUGCGCAAACUCAACGAGCAGCGGGACAUCAUCGCCCUCAUGGAGGUGAAGAUGAAGGAGAUGAAGGCGACCAUCCGCCAGCUGCGGGUGAUGGAGGCCAAGCUGCAGGAGGAGGUGCGGGAGCGGGACAGGCUGCUGGGGGGCAACCCGGUGCCGCUCAACGUCAACAAGAAAAUCUGAUCAGACGCGAGAGGGUUCGGACGAACUCAGCCGGAUCCAGCCUUUGUACAAAAAUGUAUUUUCACUAACUACAAAGCUGAUUUUCCUAGCCCCCGAUCAUGUAUGAAGAUGUCUAGCUGUAGUUGUGUAACUGGUAGUGUCACUUUGAAAGCCAUUCGAGCAUUUACUCGAUAUCCAAUUUGAGGCUCGUGUACUAGUAUACACGUGCUCGUACGUGCUUUAUUCUCAAAAUUGUCAAUGCAGCGCGCUACUCCAAGACUGUCUUAUUAAUUAAAAAAAAAAGUUCUGCACCCUCGUAUACAACAUGGAAAACAUGUUGAUAGUGAGUCAAAGCUGCACUAGUUGACAUUUGUAUGCUACGAGUACCAGUGCUAAAUGUCAACUAAUAGCUUUUACAAUGUCACAUACUGAGGUAUUGAGCAUUUAUUGAAUAUCCUUGAUAUCCAGAUAAAAGUCAAAUUACUAGACAGUUCAACACUAGUAGAACUUUAUCGGGAAUGUUUUUUUUUCCCCCGCUACUUUGACAUUUGUCCAGAUUGCUGCGACAACUGUUACUAGUGAAGCAAAUUGUGCACCAGUUGACAUCCGCGCACUGUUAGUCCUACUACUGCUAAAGCGCACGCUGUUAACUUCGAGAAUUUUAUCAUUUCAAUAGAAGUACUACUAGCAUAUAGGUUGCUAGUGUUUGGCCUGCUUUCUAGAAAGCCUUUUGAGCAUUUUUCUUUCAUUUUUCUUUCUUGAUGUCCACAAUAUCAGGCUUAAGGUCCAUGUACUAGUAUGCUAUGUGUCCUCACUGAUAAGACAAUUAUCUGGCUAGUGGAAAGAUUAUGCAGUAAUGGCAACACAUACAUGUGAGCUAGUACAGUUUUUUUUUUCCUCACUAUUAACAUACCAAUCAUGUAUUUAUCCUAAAACAGUGGAAAAACUCUACUAGUACAUGAACUAAGUCAGUUCAGUACACAAUUGGAAUGUCAAGGCACACUGGUAGAGCGACUGUCUCUUACUAGUAAUAUUUUCCACUACUUAUGACAUUAUUGCAAAAUAGCAGGGCAGGUUCAGCAUACUAGUAGUGCAACUAUAUGUUAAUAUUGAUUGAAAAUUACCAGUGGGCAUUUUGGUGCUACAAGUAGAUUUCAGGAGGCUACUUGUGCUUGUGACAUUUGCUCACCAGUUGCCCUUAGUAAUGUUACUAGUGCAGCAAAUUAGGUUGCUAGAACGGUUUGCAAGUUAGACCAAGUUAAAUAUUGAUGAAAUUUGUAUUUUUUUGUCAAUGAUGUUCAUUUUUUUGUGAGUCGAGAUGCGUCUGUCAACAAAUUGGAGAGAAAGCGUAUUAGCUUUACACAUUUGGAGGCAUUUAGCCAAACUAAUAUGAAAUGUGUUUUCUCCUCGGGACAAUUACAUCGAUUAUUGCCAUAGUGUCGAUAUGGACGGUAUAUAAAGACUGAUGUUAAAAGACACACACAUUUCAAAAAAAACUGUGUGCCUGAUCAAUAAAAUAUCUUACUGUUUGUAAUAACUAUAGUCAACUCAAUAAAAAAGUUUCCCGCAAACUAUUUUAGGAAACAGUGCCUCAAAGCAGCGAACACAUAAUUGGAGCCCCGUAUCAUUUAAUGUGUGUGUGUGGCGAAAAGGGGGCGGGGGUUUAAUCAGUUUGAUAUUUGAACAUGGAGAAAAAAAGUGCUUGAACAGGAUGCCUGUUGCUUUAACAGUUUCCAUUGUGGAUCUCGAGACAACAACACAGAAAAGUUGCUACAUGCUGCUUUUGUGUCAUACGUGCUUGUUUUUGUUCGAUAGACACAUUUAAAACGUGUUUAUGGCGAAGUGUUUCUUCAGCACCGUUUUGCUCGCGGCUGCAUCACAAUAAGGACUUAAUGCACAGUAUGUUGCAUCCAGACUUUUCUGAUCUUUGGACUGAGAACUGUCAUUAAAUGACAUUUUGAAGUA